AUGGAAACGAAACGCGAAACUAUUCUAUGUUGUGACAGUUGUCUGCGUGAUAACACGGAUUCCCCAGCAAAUGCUUUUUGUCUUCAGUGUAGCGAAAGCCUUUGUGAUAACUGUAACAAACAUCACAAGAGGAAUAAAGCUUCUUCAAAUCACACAAUCCAAAGUAUCAGCGACGAGAAAGAUGUAGAAGCAUUUGAUACUCUUAAACGACUUACGCAGUGUUCAGUUCAUACAGACAAAAAGAUAAAAUACUUGUGCAAAGAUCAUGAUCAGUUGUGUUGUAAUGAAUGUGCUAUUGUCAAACACCGUAAAUGUGAGGAUGUUGUUUCUCUUGCAGAAGAAAUGGGAAAGGCCAGCCAAAACGCUUCAACUUCCGCUGAAAAUGUUUUAAAAGAGUUUAACACGCACGCAGAUUUACUCAUGCUUCAUGAGGCGACAGAGCAAGUGAAGAUUGAUAACACGAAGGAAACUUGUACUCAAGCUUUAGAAACAUUGAAGAAAAACAUGGAGACAGCAUAUAAAACACUACAAGAUAAAAUAACGAUGGAAUCUGGGAAAUGUCAAGACACUAUCACAAAAAGUAUUUCCGCUCAAAAGGAUGAAAUACAAAGUUACCAGGAAGAAUUGAAUAUAUCGAUCCGGAAGCUAGAAACAGUAAGACCCCUUGGAAAAGACGUGCACGUCUAUCUAACGGAAAGAGAAAUGCGUCUUGAACUGAAAGCUUUUAAAAAGAAACUGAAAGACCUACGAGGAAGUGCCAACAGCGAGGAACUUGUUAUCAAAGAGACAUCGUCUACUAAUGCACUAGAGACAUGCCUAAAGAAGUUUAUUGAGGUAGAUGUGAAGACAGCCAAUGUUCCAUUGCCCCAUUGCGAUAUCCAAGGAAUACGCGAGCCAUGUCCUGUGAAAAAUAGAGAAUAUCCAUUGAAACUUGGAAAGGAAACUUUUCUAAAAAAGGGACACCAGUAUCGGUUCAAUAAUGAACAUGUAAAUGGGUGCAUAUGGCUUGACAAUUUCCUUGUUGUUGCAAUGCGGGAUAAAACGGAUAUUUUAAUACUUGUAAGUGAGAAGCCAGAUCUGAUUCAAACUAAUGUGCAACAUGAAAAGAAAUCUAUAUUUGCUAAGGUCGACGACAGAAGAAUAGCAGUAGUUACUGGUGAAGAAUACUACAGUUGCCUACAACUAUAUCAGCUUGACCCUACAAGGAGAGCCUUAGAGCGCACAAAUAAGAUUUCAGUCAAAAGACAUAUUAUUGGACUGGCAUAUGAUGCAGAUAUCCAGUCGUUAGUUGUGUUGUCAGAUACGGGUUUGGUGGAGUUUCUGACUCUUGAUGGAAAACAAUUAGAAUCCUUUCAGUUGAGCAAUAUGGACAGAGUACUCAAAUCGGCUGGUUACCGAAAGCACUAUAUCGUUUUUAAAAGUGACUCAAAGAUUCUGUAUGUGACUGAUGGUUCCACUUUAAUUGCAACAACCAUGGAAGGCUGCACUGUAUUCGAAUACAAGCUUACCGAAUCUCUGGUAGGUCCUCCGACGCAAGACGCAGAAGGAAAUAUCUAUUUACCGAUGAGCGCAGAGAGGCAAUCAAUGAUAAAGCUGAUCAGUCCAAAAGGGAAAAUAAUCCACACACUGCAAGUCUGUACAUGCUCAGUGAAAUUUAUGACAGUUUGUUUCAAUACGAAAAUGGACAAAUUUGCAUUGUUGUGUGACGAAACUGACAAAGAACUAAAGAUCUUUCAUAUUUAA